GGCCGCCUGAUGCACGACCCCUUCGCCAUGCGCCCCUUUUUCGGCUACAACGCGGGCCGUUACCUGGAGCACUGGCUUUCCACGGGCGAAAGGAGCAACGCCCGCCUGCCUCGUUUCUUCCACGUUAAUUGGUUCCUGAGAGAUAACGAAGGUCGCUUCGUUUGGCCCGGCUUCGGUCACAACGCCCGGGUUUUGGCUUGGAUCUUUGGGAGGAUCCAAGGGAAGGAUACGGCCAGGCCCACCCCCAUCGGGUUGGUGCCCAAAGAGGGAGCUUUGGAUCUGGAGGGGCUGCAGGGGGUGGAUUACGCUCAGCUCUUCCCAAUGGAGAAGGGAUUCUGGGAGGAGGAAUGCAGGCAGCUGAGGGAUUAUUAUGGGGAAAACUUCGGCGCCGAUCUGCCCAGGGACGUCAUGGCGGAGCUGGAGGCGUUGGAGGAGAGGGUGAGGAAGAUGUGAGGGGCGGGGAGGGGGGCUGGA